AUGACGCAGUAUCGUCUUUGGGAGAGAACUACUCUGCAAGGGCUUGAGAAAGAUGAUUGGCAAUGGUUUACUUUGGGUGUGUGGACUGAUAAAUGGCUUUUUGAUAGUCAAAUGAGAACAUCUCUUAUGAAAAAUCCUCUCAUUGAUUUGUAUUUGAAAAUGUGGCUCUCAUCAUUGCUAAGAAGCCAGUGGUUUCAAAAGAAGAUUAUUGGUGUUGGAUUCACAAUAAAAGUGGUGACUAUACGGUGA